AUCGUAUUAUUUAUUAUGCGGUAUACACUAUCUUGAAGGCGAGGGCAACAUCUGCUGGCUCAGACCCUCCGGUCUCGCUUCUUUUUGGUCUGGUUUAUUGGUGAUCUUUCCUGGGCUGCGGCCCAUCUUGAGCCCUCAGAUGGUCCCAGCCGUCAAUCCUAUAUGCGACGGGCAUCCCUGGCUUGUCUUUUUGCGGUACACGUAUCUGGUUGGUUUGCUCGUCCUGAUGACAACCACCGAGGCUGGAAGCAAGCCUACGAGACCUUUGCUCUGAGUAGGGAUAUGCAGUCAGCCUUUUUCCUAUUCAAUAGGAAAUUGGUUUUGACUGUAUUGAACUAUGUCACGACGCGGCAAUGCCUUCCUGAAGGCAUUGUUGAACAACUCUUGUGUGCGUCUUUUAAACCGCCACAAGCUUCGGGAACAGUAGCUGUUCAAACGUUGGCCAGGAAUCGAAGAAUUCAGGUUGACCUCCCCGUGCGACCUUUGGCAACAUCUCUGCUUUCCAUCCCAACAGAGCAGCAACAACUUGCGUCGGCCAUCCAAAGGCAUAUCCAUUCCAGCUUCGGAAGUGAACGGAUCACUCACAUUUACUCGUUCCUUUCGUCGCCGCUCACAGAUUUCGCUGUACAAGCAGCUGGUCUGUUUGUUCAAGAAGCAGCGCAAAUUUUGUGCAGCCAAGCUGCUGGAUGGCUCACGGUGGAGCAAACCCGCGAGGUGAAAUCUGUAACAAUUGCAGAUUUCACUUCGAAGAAUGCUUUGCGUUCCAAACUUGAUGUAAGUUUUUUCGGUUUAUUCUUGAUUGCGUUUUUUAAUGGGUUAUUUAUUUAUUAUUUAGCUGACCAUCAUCCAGUUCGGAACCUCUCGCUCUGGAUCUGGUGUUAAUUCUGUGGUGGAGUACCUGAGGAAGCAUAGCUUUCCAUCUGUCGAGGAAAUUCUCGCUGCAGAUGAUCUCUCGGCCUUGGUAAACAAGCCUCAAAACUGAAAGAUGUUGAAGUUCUCAAGAACUUCAACUAUUGUAAUUGCCAG